AUGGCAUCCGGCACGUCCGACCAAACCCGCCUUGUCGUCGAAUGCGACGCCGUCCCGCUGCUCGUUCGCCCGGUCAUGUCCAUGAACGAUAAAAUCUGCGAUCAAGUGAUGUGGGCAGGCAAUAUCGCAGGGGACUCCUCCGUGUUGCGGGACUUCGUGCUCGAAGCUGGCGGCAUGCUGCCGCUGCUGCACCAAAUCCACUCGGAUGAAGUGUCGACUAGCAUGCUCAAGAAUGCCACGUGGGUGCUGGGUAACUUCUGUCGUGGCACGCCUCGUCCGCGCUUCGAGUUGGUGCGCCCGGCCCUUUCGACGUUGUCGCACUUGCUUUCAUCCAACGACCCAAACGUCGUCGCAGAUGCGUGCUGGGCGUUGUCAUACUUGUCUGACGGGCCGACCAACAGCAUCCAGAACGUCCUCGACACCACCGGCAUCGUACCUCGCUUGAUUCAACUGCUCGCUCAUAAAGACAAAGACGUCGUAUAUCCAGUGGUGCGCACGCUGGGCAAUAUGAUGACAGCAGGCAUGGACGUGCAAGUUCAGACUCUGAUUGACCAAGGGAUGUUGCCGCGACUGCUGCCGUUGUUUCACAUUCGAAAGGAGAACAUUGGCGAGGGAGAGUGCGGGACAGUGCGCACCCUCUCGGCUGGCAGCAUGCCGCACAUCCAAGCGAUCGUCGAUGCCCACAUCGUUCCCCCCAUGGUAGGGUUGCUCACCACGGGCCAGUUCAACAUGCAAAAGGAAGCGGCGUGGGUCAUUUUACACGCGACGUCGUGCGGGUCGCGAGUUCAGACCCAAUACCUCGUGGAGCAAGGUACUAAUUACCAGCUGUGCUGCAAUGUUGUGGUCAAAGUCAAGUGGUGGUAG